UGCUUAUAUAUUGUUACAAAAAGUAGUAUUAAGUUUUAUUUGUAUUGCUAUAUGCAUCCCUGAUUAUGAACAAUAGCUGUAGGUAUAUGGAAUAGCAUUUGUCUUGUUGUAGACAUCUGGCGCCACGGCUGUCUGCUUGUCGAAACAAUAGACAUCUGGCGCCGCACUGUCUGCUUGUCUAGUUAAACAAUUGCUGAGUCUGGCGCCGCGACUGUCUGCUUGCGUCUGGCGCCGUAUAGCCGUAUGUUCUGGUAAUUUCCAGACGCGAUAUUCUAGAAGGACACGUCGGCAUCAGCGAGAAGUGCGUGGCUAUAUAAGCCGUGGCAGCGCCAACGUAAUCAACCAGUGCUAAGAGUAAACUGCUAUAGUGUAGACGAGUUGUGAAAUAAAGAGUUGUUGAAUUAAAUUAAACAGUGUUGAUUUUAUUUGUCAAUCCAGAGAUACGAACCUAACAAAGUAAACUAGCAAGAGUGAAUUCGUAACAAUUGGUGUCAGAAGUGGGAUUGUCAAAUAAUCCAAAUUCAAGAUGGUUAAAUUCGGAGAAUUGAGAAUUCAGCAAUUAAAAAAGGAACUGGAGGAGCGUAAUUUGCCGAUAAGCGGACAAAAGGCGGAUCUGCAGGCACGAUUACGUGAAGCAAUGGAAGCGGAUGGAAUUAAUGUGGACGAGUUCGAAUUUGUUGGGCCAGAAACUUCUACAAAGGUAGAAGAAAAAGUAGAAGAACAACGAACAUCAUCAAGUGCAGACACGAACAUGCUGUUAGUGGCUUUUAAGCAAAUAAUAGCUGAAAAUAUAUCACAAAUAACAGAGAAUGCAGUGCAAACAGAAAAUCGUCUGGCACAGCAAAUAGCUGAAAAUACAUCGCAGUUAAAGUCUUGCCUUACACAACAAAUGACUGAAAAUAAUACGCAGUUAGAAAAGCGUUUGGUACAACAGAUUACAGAAAAUACUACACAAGUACAAAAACAAGUGCAAGAGAAAUUUUCAAAAUUUGAAGAGGAAUUAAGCACGUUAAAAAAUGAAGAAGAAAAUUUAAAAUCAGAAUUUCUUCAACUGAGUAAUCGUAUGCGAGAACUGCAACUGCAUGGCCCUGCACCAUCAAUAAAUAAUCCAAGAUUGAAGGCACCCACAUUCGAUGGAAGUAUUCCAUUUCAAAUUUUCAAACUUCAGUUUGAAAAGACAGCAAUGGCCAAUAACUGGAAUGCAGCGGACAAAGUGGCGUCCUUGUUUGUAUCAUUGAAAGGGCCUGCGGCAGAAAUCCUUCAGACUAUUCCAGACUGUGAACGGGACAACUAUGAGGCAUUGAUGAGUGCGAUAGAAAGACGAUAUGGUAGUGAGCACCGGAAACAAAUAUACCAGAUCGAACUGCAAAAUAGGGGUCAGAAGAUGAACGAGUCAUUGCAAGAGUUCGCAACUGAAAUCGAACGACUGGCUCAUUUGGCAAAUGCAGAUGCACCUGUGGAUUACAUUGAGAGGGUAAAAAUUCAAUGUUUCAUAAAUGGAAUUCGUGAUGUGGACACCAAACGCGCCACAUAUGCAUUGCCAAAAAGAACGUUUGCUGAAACGGUUUCGCACGCCCUCACACAGGAAACAGCUUCCCUACUAAGUAAACCAGCACACAAAGUACAAAGGGUUGAAAUGGAACAACCGGCGCUGAUGGAAGAAAUAUUGAAGACUCUGAAGACAAUUGCUGCACCGCGAGUAAAUACAACAGGAAGAUGUUUCAACUGUGGAAAAGCGGGUCACUUUGCCCGAAAUUGCAAUAUAAAAGUAAACCCAUCAAAACGGAAACAACCAACAGAUAACGAGGACGGAGCAUCCACAUCUCACAAGUCGUUAAACUAAAACGGAACAGUUCAAAGGGGCGUGAGCUGGUUCCCACAACUAUUUGCCCCGCCAUCUCGAUAUCACAAAUAGGUCGCCAUGACAACAAUCUUACUAUCAACGGUAUCGUAAAUGGACGACUGUCAACGCUUACUUUGGAUACUGGUGCCACACAUUCAAUUAUCCGACCGGAUGUGGUAAGAGGAACGG